UGUCCAUGCUAAUGUGCUGAGAUUAUGACCGCUGUCACGAAAAAUGGCAGUUUAUUACCUAAAGCCACCAUCUUAAAGUAGAGAAAUAUAAGGUCUGAUGAAAUUUUAACGUUCAGCAUGGCUCGGGUUGUGAAAGUGUUCCGUACGUUGCGGAAUCACUGGAAGAAGUCCACGUUUGCUGUGGGCGUCCUGUCUUACGGGGGCUACUGGCUGUAUGGUAAACACUGUGACAAUGUUCUGCGCAGAGAGGCUUGUUUUGAGGCCAGGGAGUAUGGACGUCAACUGAUAGGACCACAGGAGCGACUCGGGAAAGCAACUGUGAUUUUAAACCCUGCAGCCUGCAGUGGGAAAGCCAACAAUCUGUUUGAGAAAAACGCUGCUCCCAUUCUACAGCUGGCAGGUGUAGAAGUUACUAUAGUCAAGACUGACUAUGAGGGCCAGGCUAAAAAACUGAUGGAACUUAUGGAGCAAACAGACAUUCUGAUCGUGGCCGGUGGAGACGGUACAUUACAAGAAGUCAUCACAGGUUUACUUCGGCGACCUGAUCAAGAGGUCUUCAGUAACACACCCAUCGGAUUUAUUCCACUUGGUUCUCGGAACUCAUUGAGUCCAAGCCUUCAUCUCCUCGCUGACAACAAGGUCAAAGACAUCACAUCAGCAACACUGUCCAUUCUGAAAGGAGAAACUGUACCUCUGGAUGUCCUACAAAUAAAAGGAGAGAAAGAGCAGCCAGUCUUUGCUCUGAUGGGGCUGCGUUGGGGCGCUUUUAGAGACGUGGCUGCAACGAUCAGCAAAUUCUGGUACCUCGGACCACUGAAGACGAGCGCAGCACAUUGGCUCAGUACUCUAAGGGAGUGGCCUCUCAUCCGGGAAGCCUCCGUAUCCUACUUGGCUCCGACGCUCCGACCCCCUGACCUUCCUCCCCAGAAGCCCCCCAGGCCGAAUCUGCUCCACCGCAUCAUCCGCCGGCUGAAGAACUACUGGAGUCCACCGGUGGAGGAGCCUCCAAAAGUGGAAGAGCCGGAGAAGUGGGAGGAUCAGCAGCUGUCGACGUUGGAGCUGUUUAUUCAGACGCACAACAAGAACCCCGUGCAGAGGCGUGUGAAUGACUCCCUGAUGAUCUGUGCAGAGCCUGAUGACUUAAGCGUGGGUGAAUUCAUCACAGUCGGUAAGAAAAAAGACGAAGACCCAACUUUAUUCACGAAAGCCGCCACAAAACUGGAAGCUGGUGCUUGUCGGCUGCAGUUACCAGAGGGCACCUCUGGCUUCUACAACAUCGACAACGAGGAGUACGAGGCCAUGCCUGUAGAGGUAAGGCUGUUGCCACGGAAACUCCGCUUCUUCAUCAGCGCCGAGCGCCGAGAGCAGCUCCUCACACAGACACAGUAAUGAGGAGACGGAAACCCCGGGAAGACGGAGAACAGCGGGACAAGAACUGAUUUGAGAGAGAAAACAACAAACACUGGACGAGCUGCUGCCGAACACAUCGCUCUUGAUCAUGAAGUUCAAAUUGUUUAAACAAGCUACAUAAUUACAUAUAUACAUGGCAUUUAUUCAUGUUAAACAGUUACUGAGAAGAUUAUGCUAUAGACUACCAUACAUCAAUGGACCAAGGCUCAUUUUCUAAGCCAGUGCAGGUUGUUUUACAGUAUGUUUACCUUUACCAGUUUAAUAAUGACAACCGGUGAAUAAACCUGGUGUCUGUCCGGUUCAGUGCAGGCCGUUUUGACGUCUGUGGCCACGUGAAGCCUGAUUUUGACAGGGAAUACUGAGCAAGCGGCGUAUCCGUUGAGAAAAAAGUCGCCCUCGCUUCCACUAGUGGUGAAACCUUGAAGGAGAACAAUGGCGUGCGGAGGGGUUGUGUGGAUAUCGGCGAGUAAAUAAAGAAGCCUGUGCGCGAGGCGUCUGGAUGCGCCUCCGUCUUGUGAUCAGGGCUCUUGGCUCUGCGCUCAGAGAGUCUGGGUCUGAUCUGACAGAUGGUGCAGAAAGCAAAUCUCCGGGAUUAAGAUGGCGGCUGCACAUGUUGAGCUGCUUGGAAAAAGACAAAAGGAUGCACAAGGUGUCGUCUUGGUUUUCUAGAUUGAGGGAAAAUUUCAAAGGCAAAUGUCUCAUCUUGAGUACUUUAAAAUACUGGCUGUUUACUUUCAUGCAAUACUUUAGACAUUUUCCUCAAUUCCAGACUUGGUGCCAUAAUGCUGAGGGAUCAGUAUUAUAUGACACCAUCUUCCUGAAAUUGAUGUUAUUGUUUUACUUUUUGCUUCACAGUGAUAAUUUUCCUCAUGCAGCCGGCCUUUAUUUUCUAAUAAAGUCUACUCCACAUGCUUCAUGUGCCAUCAGUAGUUUUUCCUGUUCUCCCAGAUCCACAGGACGUGUAAAACAUCCUCCUCGGCAGGUUCCACUAUGCAGUGGCAGUUGUUUCUACAUUCAAACCGGAACAGCUUAAUUUCAUUUUCAAAGAAUUGUCAUCAUUUGAGGCUCUAAAUUUU